AUGUAUGGCUAUGUUUAUGCAGAUUUCGACGAAUGUUUGGGAGAAGUUGAUGACUGCCCUGAAGCUUCAACAUGUAUAAAUACAGAUGGGGAUUACUUUUGUAGCUGCAUUGAUGGAUUUAAUACAGUCAACGAAACAAAGUCAUGCGAAGAUAUCGAUGAGUGUGCAACUAGCAACCACAUGUGCAACGAAAGUUUGAAUCGUGUGUGCAUGAACACCGUAGGAAACCACACCUGUAUCUGUAGUACGAGUUAUGCCCUUGUCGACGGAUCAUGCGAAUCUGCUUACUCGUACACUCUGGAACUGAUGUUUGACUUCAUCAACGACAUAGUAAUCCAGCAUUAUACAGACACUGAACAAAACCGGAACCGACUAGCCGAACAGGUGUUUGACCAGCUUAACAGUACAUCUGUUAUAGGAGAUGGGAACCUCGCAGAUGUUUGUGUGACUAAUUAUACUGUGGUCGGAGGCAACGCUUUCGUCGAGUUCCGGAUCGACUCAUUCAACUAUGAUCUGAACGCUACUUUCUUAGAGUCGGUGUUCACUGACUCCCUUCCGCCAAACCGAGUAUUUGGCUCAAAUAACCGGAUCGUCGCACAAGACAUCAACGAGUGUUUAGUGUUUACUGAUGCUUGCCGUAAUGGGAACUGUACGAACAUCUACGGGAGUUUCUACUGCACGUGUAACGAGGGCUUCCAAGGAACGGGAACAGAUUCGUGCGAAUUUGGGUAA